AGAGACGAGGGCAGGCGGAGCAGAGCUCUCCUGUGAGAGAUAUGAGACCUUAGAGGGGCCACUGGGGACAGCUCGCAAGGACCCUUCCUCACCGGCAGGACUGCGGCAGCCAGUUGCUCCCAGGUCCCUCCUGAGGCUGCUGCCACCAGGGCCGGGAUGUGGUGGCUCUCAGCCAGGGGUCCUUCCUGCUCCUAACACUGUCCUGCUCCUAACACUGUCUCUUGCUGCUUGCUCCUGCAGACGUGAGGAGCAAUGAACUGGGCCGGCCUCUACACGGUGCUGAGUGGAGUGAACCGCCACUCCACUGCCAUUGGGCGCAUCUGGCUCUCUGUCAUCUUCAUAUUCCGGAUAAUGGUGCUGGUGGUGGCAGCUGAGAGCGUCUGGGGGGAUGAGAAAUCCGCCUUCACCUGCAACACCCAGCAGCCUGGCUGCAACAGUGUCUGCUAUGACCACUUCUUCCCCAUCUCCCACAUCCGUCUGUGGGCCCUGCAGCUCAUCCUUGUCACCACGCCGGCCCUCCUCGUGGCCAUGCACGUGGCCUACCAACAGCACCAGGAGAAGAAGUUGCUGGUGCUGACGGGGCAUGCAGACCCCAAGCACAUGGAGGAGGUGAAGAAGCACAAGAUGCGCAUAUCAGGUUCACUGUGGUGGACAUAUGUCUGCAGUGUGGUCUUCAGGCUGCUCUUCGAGGCUGUGUUCAUGUACAUCUUCUACAUGCUCUACCCGGGCUACCAGAUGGUGCGGCUGGUCAAGUGUGAGGCCUACCCCUGCCCCAACACUGUUGACUGCUUCAUCUCCCGGCCCACCGAGAAGACCAUCUUCACCGUUUUCAUGCUGGUCACCUCCAGCAUCUGCAUAGUCCUCAACAUGGCGGAGCUGGUCUACCUGGUGGUGCGAGCCUGUGCCCGCCGAGGCCAGCACAACUCCAACCCCUCAUCAGGGAAGGGCUCCUUCUAUGGGCACAAGCUCUCCUCUGAGUACAAGCAGAAUGAGAUCAACCAGCUGCUGACAGAGCAGGAUGGCUCCCUCAAGGACAUGCUGCGCCGCAACCCCGGGCUGCAGGAGAAGGGCGACCGCUGCUCUGCCUGCUAAGGCCAGCGCCAUGGGGGCCCCAGCCCUUGCCCCCACCCCACAGCCACCCCAUGGCCCUGUGCUGUCCCU